UCUUCAUCACCUCCGUCUCCCUCCUCAUCACUUUAUUCCAAAUCCAGCUACUAAAAAACCCCUUAUCCCGCUCCCACCUCCUUUCUAUCACCUUCCUCCCUCUCAAAGACCUCAACUUUGCCUCCACCCCCAUGGACGGCAACACCUGGUUCAUGAGUUCCCUCAACGACACCUUCGAAGAUGGCGAAGCAGAGCACCUUCUCUUUCCCUCCCCUUCAUCCCAUCACAAUCUCCUCUGCCUCUCCGGCAGCGACAGAUCCAACGGCACUAAAAACUCCUACGCCUUGGCACCACGCCAUUCCCUCCCAAAUGGCGCCAUGUUCUUCAAAGGUCUCACCUUUAUCUCCGACAGCUAUUACGAUUACGAGAAUCUGUGGCACGGGCUCGCUGCUAUGGUGCCGUUCAUGGCGUGGCACAGCACGAAAGGCUGCGAGAAGCCGGAAAGGUGGUUGCUUUACCACUGGGGUGAGCUCAGGGUUGGGAUGAGUUCGUGGGUGAAGAUGUUGGUCGAAGCGGUGAUGGGAGAAAAGGUGAUGAUUGAGGAUUUGGAGGAAACUGGGGGAGGUUCAUUCUGUUUUGAGAGGGCGGUGGUGUUUAGGCAUAAUGAAGGAGAGAUGGGGAUGGAGAGGAAGAAGAUGGUUUAUGAUAUGAUGAGGUGCAAGGCUAGGGCUUUUUGCAGAUUGGGAAGUGGGGGAGGAGAACGCGAUGGAAUGGUGAGGGUAACGCUUUUGAUGAGGAAGGGUGCGAGAUCGUUUAAGGAUGAGAAAACGGUGGUGAAGAUUUUUGACAGGGAGUGUGGGAAGGUUGAAGGUUGCAGGUUGAAGGUGAUCAGGCCAAAUAAUCUCACCUUUUGUGAUCAGGUGAAGCUCAUGACAGAAACAGAUAUCCUGGCCUCCCCUCAUGGAGCUCAGCUCACAAACAUGCUCUUCAUGGACAAGAACAGCGGAGUCAUGGAGUUCUUUCCCAAGGGAUGGAAGGAGUUCGCCGGCGUAGGCCAGUAUGUUUUCCGGUGGAUCGCCGAUGCCUCUGGCAUCAAGCACCAGGGACCUUGGCAUGACAGCAAUGGUGAUGAUCAAUGUCCAUAUAAUGACAACUCAAAGUGUUUCGGAUUCUACAAGAACGGUCGGAUUGGGCAUGAUGAAGCUUACUUUACCUAUUGGACGGCCAAGGUUCUCAGGGAGAUGAGGGAGUACAAGCUCACUGAGGAAUACAGAUAUGCACAGCAGGAGCUGAGAGCAAGGAAAUGCCUCUGUGCUAGCUAAUCACCCAGGCUGGUCGAUUGGAAUUCUUC